CUAUAGGGCCAGUAAUAGCUUGGGCGAUGGGGCAGAGGGUUAUCGCAAAGAUUGACCUCUCGAAGGCCUUUCACGCAGUACCCCUCGUUGAACACAAACGACCAUACUAUAGCUUCCUGGACCCGGAAGGAAAUUGUUAUUGCUACGCCCGGAUGCCCAUGGGUGCGAAGACAGCACCUAAGCAUUUCGCAAACGUUAUGAACCUAGUCCUCGGCCAAUUGGCAACAGAAGACCAGGUCAACGUAAGAUCAUAUCAAGACGAUAUCGUAAUCGCGGCGAAUUCACGAGAGGAGCUCGAUAUUCGCUAUGAAAAGGUGUCUGAACACCUUCGACGAUGCGGGUUUAAGAUAAACAAAGACAAGUCUUCGAAGGCGGAAUCCCUGGAUGUUCUGGGAUACCGUUUCGAGAAGAAGAAAGUCACGAUACCACUAAAGAAAGAACGAUCGAUAAGGUCAGCUCUGUGGAGUAAAGACAUGAAACAAGUAAUCCGCGCGACGCACCAGCUGGGCUAUUACAAGCUCAUCUUAACUCCGGCACAGCGCGAUUCGGCGGCGAAGCUAAGACAGAUUCUCCUGAAGGUGGGUCAUUUCACGCAAGUCGCGAGAGACCUACGCACGGCUCUCGACGUAAAGUGGGAAUGCCCAAAAGAGAUACCUUGGUCGGCCAAGCGAAUCGAAAUCUAU